AACAUGAGAGCAUGUUGCACCAAACAAAAAAAAAUAAACAUCAGAGCAUAAGAAAGCAGCGAAGAAUGCUUAGCUCAAGCAGACUCCAUCAUCCACUUCAAUGGACACAAUUUUACUCUCUCUCCUCCCGUUUUGCUCUUCUCUCCUUCCCCAAUUCUUCCUUCUCCCCACUUCUUCGCCCUUCUAACAACCCUUCACUCAAACUUCACUCCAUCACAAAUCCCAAAGUUCAUGCCAUGGGAAAAACAACUUUAUCCCCCAAAGAAACCGACUUUGCUUCAAGUGCUGAUUUGCAGUUUGAGUCACCGUUAAAAAUAGUGGAGUAUCCAGACCCAAGACUUCGAGCGAAGAAUAAACCAAUUGAUAAAUUUGAUGACAAUUUGAAGAAGUUGGUUAGUGAAAUGUUUGAUGUUAUGUACAAAACUGAUGGGAUUGGACUCUCUGCUCCUCAAGUAGGCAUUAAUGUCCAGCUCAUGGUAUUUAAUCCUGUUGGCGAACGUGGUGAGGGGGAAGAAAUUGUUCUUAUAAAUCCAAGUGUGAGCAAGUACUCGCUAAAGACGAGAGAUUUUGAAGAAGGCUGUUUAUCAUUUCCUGGAUUAUAUGCUAAUGUACAGAGACCAGAAUCUGUCAAGAUUGAUGCCAAGGAUAUAAGUGGUUCAAGAUUUUCAGUUACUUUGUCAAGCCUUCCUGCUCGUGUAUUCCAGCAUGAGUUUGACCAUUUGCAGGGUGUCCUCUUCUUUGAGAGAAUGACAGAAGAAGUUCUUGACACUAUACGUGAAGGGUUAAAGGCAUUGGAGAUGAAUUAUGAGAAAAAUACCGGAUUGCCAAGUCCUGAGAAAAUUGAAGCUCGUCCCAAGAAGAUUGAAACUCGGAUCAGAAGGAAUGCCGGUGUUGGCUUUGGAAAAUCUUGAUUAUAGACAUUGUCCGAGGGAUCUCCGUCAAAUUUUGAAGGUUGAUUAUCCUUCAUAGCCUAAGUUUCCUUCUCUUCUAAACCUCUUUUAGCCAAAAUUAUGUUCUAAGCUUAAACAUUCUUAUAAUCCACUACCAGAUAAAGUACUAAGCUAAUGUUGUUAGGUUUUUAGGAGCGGGUGUUGGUGAAAAAGUGUAUAUCAUAUGGUGCUCCUCCAGAUAUAGACUGCCAUAAGUUUGAGAUUCAGCAAUUGUACAUUUACUAUAGAUUUCAAUUCUUUUUGUUAAUAUAUGCUUAUUUAUUUGCCUUA